UGGCUUGGGCUCACUGUUGGUCAGACAGUGUGUUUGUGUGUGUGAACAACUUUGAAGGGCUGAGGGGACUGUUUGAGUUAAACUCAGGAGACGCACUGUAAACAUGGCUGCCGCACAUCGUUUGGUUAUUGUCCGCCAUGGUGAGAGCGCCUGGAACCAAGAGAACCGCUUCUGCGGCUGGUUCGACGCUGACCUCAGUGAGAAGGGCAUGGAGGAGGCCAAGCGUGGAGCCCUGGCUAUCAAGGAGGCAGGCCUCAAGUUCGAUGUGUGCUACACCUCUGUGCUGAAACGCGCCGUCAAGACCCUGUGGACCAUCAUGGAAGGCACGGACCAGAUGUGGCUGCCCGUGAUUCGUACCUGGCGUCUGAAUGAGCGUCACUACGGAGGCCUCACUGGUCUCAACAAGGCCGAGACAGCGGAAAAGCACGGUGAGGAGCAGGUGAAGAUCUGGCGCCGCUCCUUUGACACCCCACCUCCACCCAUGGACAAGGACCACGCUUACAAUAAAAUCAUCAGUGAGUCCCGGCGCUACAAGAACUUGAAGGCCGGUGAGCUCCCCACAUGCGAGUCCCUAAAGGACACCAUCGCCCGCGCCCUGCCUUUCUGGAACGACGUCAUCGCACCUGAAAUCAAGGCUGGAAAGAACGUUAUCAUCGCUGCCCACGGCAACAGCCUCCGUGGCAUCGUCAAGCACUUGGAGGGUAUGUCCGAUGCAGCCAUCAUGGAGCUGAACCUGCCCACAGGAAUCCCUAUUGUGUACGAGCUGGACGCAAACCUGAAGCCUAUUAAGCCCAUGGCUUUCCUGGGUGAUGAGGAAACCGUAAAGAAGGCCAUGGAGGCCGUGGCCGCCCAGGGCAAAGCCAAGAAAUAAGUCUGCCCCAGAGGCUCUGUGAGGAGGCAGAAAAAAAGACUUUUGUCCUUAAACAUUUCCUCAUUUGUCCAUCCUUGUAGUCCAUUCCAACUGGGGAAAUGUUUACUGGUUCUUUUGGAGACGGGCCAUUUGAGUGAUGACCCGUCAAUCAAUGCAGACAGCCUGGGCCCCACGUUUUAUGCAGCCACACAUUACUCAGCUCUUUUAAAUUGCGGCCCGAUGUUGAAGGCUUCACCACCCAAACAAUAAAGAAACCAUGUUUUUAUGUA